CUUUUGGUGGGACUCGUGCAGGGCAAUUUGUACCAUCAUUGGUACCAUUGGUUGGACAAGUGGUAUCCCGGGAAGGAUCCUCGAACGGUUCUGAAAAAGAUCUUGGCUGACGAAGCAAUUGCAUCACCGACAUUCGGGGUUUCCUUUUUCCUCGCCUCGGGGACCCUGGAGAUGAAGCCCUUGUUGGUGUCUCUGCGAGAGUUUGCUUACAAAUACCCCAGGGUUUACCUGAUGGACUUGUGCAUUUGGCCGCCCACGAUGUACCUUAACUUUUUGUUCGUUCCCGGCCAAUACCGAGUGCUGGUUGUCAAUUGCGCGAACAUCUUGUGGACAGCAUUCCUGAGCUUUGUUAAACAUGCACAGCACGAAGUCGGGCCUACGGGACUGGUGUUUGAAGAACUCGUUCCCUUUGGAAGGGAAAGGCUUUUCGGGGAAGUAGAUCGUCUGUUGGCGGAAGGUGAAACGUGGCCUGUUGUGUCCAGGUCACACGGGGUCGUGGUGCGGUCCCGGUUUUCGCAGGAAUAUCGACGUUCUCUGUAUUUUGCUAAGGCGGUGAUGCCAGCGAAACCGAAGCAAAUGCUGGAUGUUUUCUGGAAGGAUGGACUGGAUAUUCCCAAGUGGAAUCCGACUGCGUUGGCAGUUGAAGUAGUCAAGGUGGAUUUUCUUGAUUUGGAUGACCAAACGAGAAUCACGUGGCAGUCAACCAAAGCUCAGGUUGCCGGAUUGAUAGGAUCGAGGGAUUUUGUGAACUUGAAUUUCUGGCGCAGUUCUGGCGAAGGGACGAUUGACAUAGUUUAUUCGAAUGCUACUUGGCCGGGAAUGAAUGGUGCCAGUGGAAUGCGGUUCUCACCUUUGCCCGGGGGCAAGGAGUGCACUAUGACUUGGGUAUUCAACGCAAACAUGGAUUUCAGUGCCUUCAUACCCAACGGUAUUUUGACGCGUGUGAUCCCGAGCUCGUUGAUCGAUUAUUUGGGGCAUCUCAGGAAGAACGUUUCGCGGUAAUUUUGUGAUUUCCUGGAUCGCGGGGUAUUAUUCGUCCAACUGUGAUUCGAAGACAAGUCUUUGGAUUGAUAAUUGAUGAGCGUUGUUUUCUUAACAAUUCUCAGCUUUGGUUUCUUUUUUUUUGUUGAAAAAAAAAUCAAACGGAAAUCCGGUGGCGAAAAAUACUUGGACCUGCAGCUAAGAAAUCUGUUUUGAAAGGUUGUGUUUAUCGGUUGAUUGUUCAAAAAGUUUUUUUGGUAUUUUAUUUUUUUUGCCGUCAGAAGCUUUGCUUUAAGAAAUGUCUGGGUUCGGAUUAGAAAGGGUUGAGUGAAAGCCAGUAAUGUGUAGGGUCAUCGGGUUCACACCCGGGAAAAUCAGCAACGGAGUCAAAUUGCCUUGAUUCGCGAGGAAACGUGGAAAUAUACCUGAAUAUUUGGCUACAUUUUAAGCCAA